AUUUAUAAUAUUGAUGAGACAGGUAUUUAUUAUAGAAUGCAGCCUAAUCAAACUCUUUCAUCAACACCUGUUUUAGCUCAAGAUAAAAAAAUUUUACUUUUAGUUAACAAUGCACCAUCACAUUUUGAUCUACAUGAGGAUGAACAAGAUAAUAAUACUGAUGAUUAUAAUAAUUUUGGUGAGCAAAAUACUUCUAGUUCUACUUUUUGCUUACAUAAAAAUUUUUAUAAAA